AGGCGGGCGGCUCGGAGGGGCCGCGGGGGGCGUCCGGUUACAUCCCCGCCCUCCUCAGCCUCGGGCCGCCGAGCCGCCGGGUUUGCGGGACUCAGUUUGGGAACAUGCUGGGCGCGAUCGGCCGGAGCGGGGCUGCGUGGACGCGGGCACUGCUCCUGCAGCUGCUGUUGGCGGGACCCGGGGGCUGCCUGAGCCGCCAGGACCUCUUCCCCUUCGGCCCCGGACACGGGGACCUGGAGCUGGAGGCGGGGGACGACCGCGUCUCCCCGGCCCUGGAGCUGAGCGGGGCGCUCCGCUUCUUCGACAAAUCCGACAUACACUCGGUCUACGUUACCACAAAUGGCAUGAUUGCCAUGAUGGAACCGCCAGCCAAAGAAUCCUCUCCUGGGCUCUUCCCACCGACCUUCGGAGCAGUCGCACCUUUCCUGGCAGACUUGGACACGACAGGUGGCCUUGGGAAGGUUUACUAUCGAGAAGAUUUAUCCCCCUCUGUCACUCAGCUGGCCGCAGAUAGUGUCCAGAGAGGGUUCCCUGAAGUCUCUUUCCAGCCCAGUAGCGUGGUGGUUGCCACUUGGGAAUCUGUGGCCCCCUACCAAGGGCCAAGCCAGGACCCUGCCCAGGAAAGCAAGAGAAACACAUUCCAGGCUGUUCUGGCCUCCUCUGAUUCCAGCACCUACGCCAUUUUCCUUUAUCCUGAAGAUGGUCUGCAGUUCCACACAACAUUCUCCAAAAAGGACAAGAGCCAUGUCCCCGCUGUGGUGGCAUUUAGUCAAGGCUCAGGGGGAUCCCUGUGGAACAGCGAUGGCGCUUACAAUAUAUUUGCUAAUGACAGAGAAGCGAUUGGAAAUUUGGCCAAGAGCAGCAACUCUGGGCAGCAGGGCGUCUGGGUGUUUGAGAUUGGGAGUCCUGCCACGGCCAGUGGCGUGGUGCCCUCGGACGUGAACCUGGGACUGGACGAUGGAGCAGAGUAUGAUGACGAAGAUUAUGACUCCGUGACACGUCUGAGCCUGGAGGAAGGGGGCACCACAUCCAUCCCCUAUGAGGCUCCUAGAAGGGGAGACACAGGCACAUACAACAUGCCAAGUGUCCUCGCCCCUGGUCGCCUGGCUACCGAGAGACCCCUGGGGCCUCCCACGGAGAGAACCAGGGCUUUCCCGCUGCCGGGGGAGAGGUUUUCCCAGCAGCACCCGCAGGUCGUAGAUGUGGAUGAAGUGGAGGAGACGGGAGUUGUUUUCAGCUACAACACAGAUUCCCACCAGACGUGUGCCAACAACAGACACCAGUGCUCUGUGCACGCCGACUGCAGGGACUUCCCCAUGGGCUUCUGCUGCAGCUGUGUUGCUGGCUAUACUGGCAACGGCCGGCAAUGUGUCGCAGAAGGUUCCCCUCAGCGAGUCAACGGCAAGGUAAAAGGAAGGAUCUUUGUGGGGAACAGUCAGGUCCCCGUCGUCUUUGAGAACACAGACCUCCACUCCUACGUGGUGAUGAGCCACGGGCGCUCCUACACAGCCAUCAGCACCGUCCCCGAGGCCAUAGGGAACUCACUGCUUCCUCUGGCCCCAGUGGGAGGCAUCAUUGGAUGGAUGUUUGCAGUCGAGCAAGAUGGAUUCAAGAAUGGGUUCAGCAUCACAGGGGGAGAGUUCACCCGCCAGGCUGAAGUGACCUUCGUGGGGCACCCAGGCAAGCUGAUCAUUAAGCAACGGUUCAGCGGCAUUGAUGAGCAUGGACACCUGACCAUCGACACGGAGCUGGAGGGCCGUGUGCCACAGAUCCCAUUUGGCUCCUCUGUGCACAUCGAGCCCUACACGGAGCUCUACCACUACUCCCGCCAAGUGAUCACAUCCUCCUCCACCCGAGAGUACACAGUGAUGGAGCCAGGUAGAGAUGGCACCACCCCUUCACAGGUCUACACUUACCAGUGGCGCCAGACCAUCACCUUCCAGGAGUGUGUCCACGAUGACUCCCAGCCGGCCCUGCCCAGCACCCAGCAGCUCUCGGUGGACAGCGUGUUUGUCCUGUAUAACCAGGAAGAGAGGAUCUUGCGCUAUGCCCUGAGCAACUCCAUCGGUCCUGUGAGGGAUGGCUCCCCUGAUGCCCUUCAGAACCCUUGCUAUCUUGGCACUCACGGGUGCCACACCAACGCAGCCUGCCGCCCUGGCCCCGGGACGCAGUUCACCUGCGAGUGCUCCGUCGGCUUCCAAGGAGAUGGGCAGACUUGCUAUGAUGUUGAUGAAUGUUCAGAACAGCCCUUGGUGUGCGGGAACCACGCCAUCUGCAAUAAUCACCCAGGAACCUUCCGCUGCGAGUGUGUGGAGGGCUAUCAGUUCUCAGAGGAGGGAACAUGUGUGGUUGUCAUGGACCAGCGCCCCAUCAACUACUGCACUUCCGGCCUCCAUGACUGUGACAUACCGCAGCGGGCCCAGUGUAUCUACAUGGGAGGGACCUCCUACAACUGCGCCUGUUUGCCAGGCUUCUCUGGGGAUGGCCGAGCCUGCCAAGAUGUGGAUGAAUGCCAGCCAAGCCGAUGUCACCCCGAUGCCUUUUGCUACAACACUCCAGGCUCCUUCACAUGCCAAUGCAAGCCUGGUUAUCAGGGAGAUGGCUUCCGUUGCAUGCCUGGAGAGGUGGAGAAAACCCGGUGCCAGCAAGAGCGUGAACACAUCCUUGGGGCGACGGACCCACAGCGGCCGCGGCUGCUUGGCCUGUUUGUCCCCAAGUGUGACGAGCAUGGGCACUACGCGCCCACCCAGUGCCACAGCAGCACAGGCUACUGCUGGUGUGUGGAUCGUGAUGGCCGCGAGGUGGAGGGCACCAGGACCAGGCCUGGGAUGCAGCCCCCCUGUCUGAGUACAGUGGCUCCUCCAACUCACUACGGACCCUCAGUUCCUACUGCUGUGAUCCCCCUGCCACCUGGGACCCACUUACUCUUUGCCCAGACUGGGAAGAUAGAGCGCCUCCCCCUGGAGGGGCGCACCAUGAAGAAGAUGGAAGCCAAGGCCUUGCUUCAUGCUCCGGAUAAAGUCAUCAUUGGACUGGCCUUUGACUGUGUGGACAAGAUGGUUUACUGGACUGACAUCAGUGAGCCUUCCAUUGGGAGGGCCAGUCUGCUUGGUGGAGAGCCAGGCAUCAUCAUUCGACAAGAUCUUGGAAGCCCAGAAGGCAUUGCCCUUGACCAUCUUGGCCGCAACAUCUUCUGGACAGAUUCUCACCUGGAUCGAAUAGAAGUUGCAAAACUGGAUGGUACCCAGCGCCGGGUGCUAUUUGAGACUGAUUUGGUGAAUCCCAGAGGCAUUGUGACGGAUUCCGUGAGAGGGAACCUUUAUUGGGCAGAUUGGAACAGAGAUAACCCCAAAAUUGAAACCUCCUACAUGGAUGGCACAAACCGGAGGAUUCUGGUGCAGGAUGACCUGGGCCUACCCAAUGGGCUGACCUUUGAUGCCUACACAUCUCAGCUCUGCUGGGUGGAUGCAGGCACCAAUCGGGCGGAAUGCCUGAAGCCCGGUCAGCCCAGCAGACGCAAGGUCCUUGAAGGGCUCCAGUACCCUUUCGCUGUUACCAGCUACGGGAAGAAUCUGUAUUACACAGAUUGGAAGACGAAUUCCGUGAUUGCUGUAGAUCUUGCGAUUUCCAAAGAAAUGGAUACCUUCCACCCCUACAAGCAGACCCGGCUGUAUGGCAUCACCACUGCCCUGUCUCAGUGUCCCCAAGGUCAUAACUACUGCUCUGUGAACAAUGGUGGCUGCACCCACCUCUGCUUGGCCACUCCAGGAAGCAGGACCUGCCAUUGCCCUGACAACACCCUGGGAGUGGACUGUAUUGAGCAGAAAUGAAGACAAGAGUCCCUCAUUCCCUCUCCAAGUAUUUCAUAGCAACACCCUACUUGAAAGGGUUCAAACUGAAAACUGUCUGACUGGGUGGUUGAGUGGACACCAGGCUCAGGUCCAACCCAGCCUGAGUCCUGACAAUAUUCCCUUCACUGUUCCCUGAGAGAUAUGCCCUGGGCUUCUAAAAUGGGUAAGCCUCUUUCUCUACACAAAGACAGAAGACCCCACUGACCCUGACCCUCAGAUGAGCUUAUGCAAUCCUGAGUGAGGAUUAGAUGCCCUAUGCCAGUGCUUUGGAACCUUUCCCCAACCUUAGGUCCCCAGUGGUGAGCAGAGCUUCCCCAGACCUGGGCCACCCACACUUCCUGUGGCCUUAAAAGCUCAACCUUACUCUGAAACAUCCACCAUCUGUCAGCUCCUCCACACAUCAACCAGGGCCAUGUAGGCAAGGUUAUGAAUGAAGAAGGGAGUUAGCUCUCCCACACUUUUUCAAUCGGUGCUCUGAUUUCCCUCUUUAUAUGCCUAGAUUUUUACACCCAAGUUCUAUACCACCUACAUCCUGCCCCAGGUCCCCAUUAUGGUGAGCAAGUCUGACAUUUUGAUCAAAAUUCACCCUGCCCUAGGGACAUAUGGGUAUUUGGUAGAUGAUAAUGAGCAGCCCCUUCCAGAUAAGUUAUUGGCAUUUCAGAGGUAGCCUUUGGUAGUGAAAGGCUUAAAUCAAAGGAGUGUCCAGUGGUAAGAAUUUAAAGGCAUAGAAUUAGAUGUUUGAGGAUAGGGGUUCUUUUGAUGUGCCUUAAAUCAUACCAAAGGUCACCAAUUUAUUCCUCUUUGCCCAACACACCUUGAUCCCAGCAUCUGAUCUUGAGCACCAUGGUGCCACCAUUGGCACUAAUGUCCAGCCUCAGGUGAGGCACAGUCUGAGACUGGUACCAGUGAUGACCCACCCACAGUUCCUUACCUCUGGCCUCUACUCAUGGGAGCCAAUCUACAAUCAAUCAUGAGUUUACUUCUCCUUUGUUUCUUCCUCUAUCUGUGGCCCUCUCUGGCUGUUUUCUCUUCUAAGAGGGCUGAAUCAAGUAUUUUAUAGUAGUAGUCCAGACCUUUAUUGCUCAUUGUUGUAAUUAAAGAGGCCAUUGCCACAUUUCAUGUUUAUGUUUCUACAGUUUGUUUAGAAAACAUUUCCUGACCAUACAAGUAGUUAGUAUUACGUUUCUAUCAACUGCUUCCCAAAGUCCUAAAAAAAUUAAAAUUUUGGAGUGAAAGCUGAGCAUAGAGAGUUUGAGUCAUAAAGAUUGGGAUAAAAAAGAAGUAGAGAAGACUUGGUGAAAAGCAUCACAAAAAGAUUUAUCAAAAGCAGGAAUGGAAAACCCAAAGGGAAAGGGCAGAGGAAGGGAUUUAACAAUAGCAAUAACAAAAACUCAUUAACUCCAAAGAAUAUAGUACAUUUUAACAAAGAACACUUGAGGACAUGGAAGAAUUUGCCUGAUUUCCUCCUUAGGGAAGAGAUCCCUCCCCUUAUCUUCAACCUCAGAACACUAAGACCCACCCCCCACCCCAGGCCUUACCCCUCUUGACCUCAUCUGCUUGAGCACAUUGGAACCUGAAUCAGGAACCUUUCUUUGAAUAAAAUUGGAGUUUGUUUUAGAUGCAAAUAUACCCCCAAGAACCACAAGAUUUGAGGAACACAUGGGUCUUUUAUAUAGCUCUAUUCUAUAAAUUGGUUUCACUUUCUUUUUAUAUUUAUCAUUCCGUAUCAGGCCCUCUGUAUCACAUCUUUGUCAUGGUUUUGUAUAAUUUUUAUAACUAUUUUAUUCAUUUUACUAGAUUCCUUCUAAAAUUGUUUAAGUGGUAAAAUCUUAAACUGUGGAAACCACUGAAGGUGCUUAUUAACUGUUCCCCCAGAUUUACACGAGAAUUGGAUGUUUACAGUUGUAUAAAUACUAUUAUAUAAAAUUAAAAAAAAUUUGUUAAGA